CUCCUCUUCUCCUCUCAUUAAAACAUUGAGACCAAUGCCAUUAUUCACCUUUAAUUAGUUUCUCAUGCCAUGCCACCACUCUUCUCUUUUCUUCUCUGCAUCUUCAUCAGCUCUGAUGCUCUUCCUGCUUCACAAACAUCACCAAUCAACACCCCUGUAAUCCAUGAUAUUGUUGCGUUGAAAAUCUUCGUUCCUUUUCUGGCCAGCCGAUUGAAGCAUUGACUUCAAAGAAGAGUAAACGGCCAUCGUUACCUGCAGAGCAUCUUUCGGAAUAUGGUUGCCUUCGGGAAGAAGCUGAGGGAAUCACAAAUUCAAGAAUGGAAGGGACAUUAUAUCAACUAUAAGUUGAUGAAGAAGAAAGUCAAUGGAUACGUGGAGCAAAUUGAGGCUGGGGCACAAAAUCGCCAUCAUGUUCUGAGAGACUUCUCAAGGAUGCUAGACACUCAGAUAGAAGAAAUAGUUCUAUUUCUGCUUGAACAACAGGGCCUACUUGCGCAUAGGCUGUCUGAUAUUGCACAGCAGCAUCACGCUCUUCUACAGCCGCAAAAUAAUUUGAACACAUAUCACCUCCAAGAAUUGUACAGAGAGGUUGGACGGGAUCUUUUAAAGCUUCUCUUCUUCGUGGAAAUGAAUGCUAUCGGCUUGAGAAAGAUCUUAAAAAAAUUUGAUAAGCGGUUUGGCUAUAAAUUCACUGACUAUUAUGUCAAGACACGUGCAAAUCAUCCUUACUCUCAACUACGACAGGUUUUCAGGCAUGUGGGUAUGGGGGCUGUAGUUGGAGUCUUAUCCCACAAUCUUGCAGACCUUCGGGACUUACAACAAUGUCAAGGACGCUACAUAUCAAUAUAUGAUCAGCCUUCUUAUUCUCACCCGGAUCCUGUUCUUGAUUCUAUAAAAGUGGCUGUAGAAAGAUUAUCAAACUCAACAACUUUCCUUCAGUUUUUGGGAAGACAUGCUUUUAUCAUGCAAGAGGAGCUACCAUCACCAUAUGAAGAACAUGUGGAAGAUGAGAGUCAAAGAUAUCACUUCAUGUCGCUGCUUCUAAACUUGGUGAACACAUUUUUGUAUAUGGUCAACACAUACAUAAUUGUCCCUACAGCAGACAACUACUCAUUGAGCCUUGGAGCUGCAGCAACCGUCUGUGGUAUUGUCAUUGGGUCAAUGGCUAUGGCACAGAUGUUUUCUUCUGUUUAUUUCAGUGCGUGGUCUAACAGAUCAUAUCGGAGACCACUCUUGAUAAGUAGCAUUGUUCUUCUAUUGGGAAACAUCUUGUAUGCAUUGGCUUAUGAUCUUAAUUCAAUAUCAGUUCUUCUGAUUGGACGUCUUUUCUGUGGGUUAGGUUCUGCAAGAGCUGUUAACAGGCGCUAUAUCAGUGAUUGUGUACCAUCGAAACUUAGGAUGCCGGCAUCUGCAGGUUUUGUUAGUGCAAGUGCUCUAGGAAUGGCAUGUGGUCCAGCUCUUGCCUCUUUAUUACAGACUAAUUUUAGCGUUUACAAGUUCACAAUGAACGAAGAGACUCUACCUGGAUGGGUUAUGGCUCUUGCAUGGCUUGUCUAUCUACUGUGGUUGUGGAUUUGUUUCAGGGAACCUCCUCACCAUGAGAAAGGCAACCUUGAGCCAUAUCAAGCAAAUACUGUUCCAGUAGUACAUGUUGCAGUUGAUACACAGCCAUUAAUAACGAAUUCAGAAAUUACGGAGCAAGAUGAAGUCAGAGAAGAAGAAGAUGGUGAUAAUUCUGAAGUCCAGAAACCCGUCACUUCUAUUGUGGCGGCGUAUAGGUUACUCACACCAUCAGUUAAGGUUCAACUAUUUGUCUAUUUUAUGCUCAAAUAUGCAAUGGAGAUAGUACUAGCUGAAUCAAGCGUUAUCACGGGUUACUACUUCCUUUGGUCAACCAGCAGUGUUGCCAUUUUCCUUGCAUGCCUUGGUCUUACUGUACUUCCCGUAAAUAUAGUUGUUGGAAGCUACAUCAGCAAUAUAUUUGAAGAAAGGCAAGUUCUACUGGCAUCAGAAAUUAUGGUUUGCAUUGGACUGCUCCUAAGCUUCCAUAUUUUCAUCCCUUACUCAGUGCUGCAAUAUGUUGGCUCAGCCCUUGUUACGUUUGUAUCUGCUGAAGUUCUUGAAGGAGUGAACCUCACACUUCUAUCAAGGAUGAUGUCAUCGAGGCUUUCGAGGGGAACAUUCAACGGUGGAUUGCUAUCAACCGAAGCUGGAACUCUAGCCCGAGUAGUUGCAGAUGCAACAAUAACAAUGUCAGGGUAUUUGGGUGAGAGCAAUCUCUUGAACGCAACCUUACUUCCAGCUCUCCUCAUCUGCAGCUCAUCCAUUGUUGCAACCUGCUACACCUACAACUCAAUGUACUAGUUAGUCUGUAGACUUUUCUCUGGUUCCCUCCCCACAAUAGGGGCUGUGUAUGCGCGUAUAAACUUGUAUUUAAUCAGUAGAAAAAAGACCUGCAUUAGCCAGUUUCCUCUGUAGAGAUGUGAAUAUUAGGUGGCCUGGCAACCUGAAGUUUUGAUGUUUCGGACAAAAUGGUUCAUUCUCAGA